AUGAACCUCCCGAAGCUUGCAUUCCUGGUAGGCGCAGCAUGUCUCAACAUUGCAAAUGCUCAAGUGACUUCUGAUACAUUAUGGUUCCUACCCGGAGUCCCAAUUACCAGAUACGCAGCCACAGUGGUAGUACCAGCUGUAUCACCAGGUCCCGGUUAUCACGCAGUCUGGCCAGGUCUAGAGAACAACAACGCCGGGUUUGUGUAUCAGAGCGUGAUCAGCGACUCGAAGGGGGUGGGCUCAUGGCAAUUCUGGGUUGAGUAUUGCUGCAAUCCGGACUAUAAGGCCAAUUCUAUCAAAGUUUACCCUGGCGAUACCAUCACCAGUGUUUUUACCGUAGAUGGCGGUGGCAUUUGGACUGACGCAUGGUCUCUCGUUCCUGGUGCUACCGGCCUGGCAGCUGGGCAAAAGGCACAGAGUGGUUCAACAUCUAACAAUUUUGAUUCCCAAGGCGCUUUAACACAAGCUGUGCUCGCCAUCGAGUUACAAAAGGGUGGAAAGUGGGACUUUGGCCCGAUCCAAUGGAGCAACAUAGCUAUCACGGCCUCGACAACUACCUCCUGGUGCGCUGACAGCUACGCCGUCAUGCCUGAAUUCCAAUAUUCCAUCUCAGGCGGAACUUCCUCGACAUCCGGAGGCUCCACCACCUGUUCAUACCCAAGCGUACUCUUCAAGAGCCCUUGA